AUGGCGGUUGAGGCCUUGAACAGCAGCCAUGGUUGUCUUGGCGGCGUGGAAGAGCCGGUGGCGGCUAUGGCGAUGGCGGCAGCGGCGGCGGCGGAGAAGGAUUCGCACUUCAGAGGGGUACGAAAGAGGCCGUGGGGGAGGUUUGCGGCGGAGAUAAGGGACCCGUGGACUAAGACGAGGAAGUGGCUGGGCACCUUCGACACGGCGGAGGAGGCGGCGCGGGCCUACGACGAGGCGGCGCGGAGCCUCCGCGGGGCCAAGGCGAAGACCAACUUCGGCGGCGGCGGCGUCGCCGCCGAGGAGCUGGCCCCCUCCCCCGGCAGCCCCACGCUGUCCCUCUCACCGUCUUCCUUCUCAUCCUCCCUGGCGGCGCCGCCGGGAGUCUCUCAGGGGCUGCGGCCGGUUCAGUACGGCGGCGCCGCCGCCGCCACCGGCUGGGAGCUCUUCUACCCAAGGAAGAAGAUGGUGGCGGGAUAUUCCCGGCGGUCGGAACCGGAGCAGUUCCGGUUCCAGCACAGCCUAGACGGCGCCGCCAAGCAGCCCUUCGCCUUUGAUCUUAACCUCCCCCCACCGCUGUAUUAA